CAGGAUAUGGUCCCUCCGGGAUCUGGUGACAUGGUGAUCCGGUCCCUCUGGGACCCAGUGACUCCGGGAUCAGGUGACUCCAGGAUCCGGUGACUCCGGGAUCCUCUGAAUCCGGAACCCGGUGACUCGGGAUCCGGUGACUUCGGGAUCCGGUGACUCCAGGAUCCGGUCCCUCCGGGAUCCUCUGACUCUGGGAUCCGGUGACUCCGGGAUCCCCUGACUCCGGGAUCCGGUGACUCCGGGAUCCUCUGACUCCGGGACCCGGUGACUCCGGGAUCCGGUGACUCCGGGAUCCUCUGACUCCGGGACCCGGUGACUCCGGGAUCCGGUGACUCCGGGAUCCUCUGACCGCCCCCCGCUGCUCCGGCGCCCCCUGGCGCUCGGGAGGGGCGGCCGGUGGGCGCGAACUCUCGCGAGAGCGGGGCCCGGAGCGGAGGGCGACAUGAGGGGCUGCGGGCCGCUGGUGCUGGGCCGCUGGGCGCCGGAGCCCGGCCGCGCCCUGCUCCCGUGCCCCGGCCUGGAGUGGCUGGAGCGGGCCGCACACCUGCUGCAGGUGCAGCGCGACUUCUCGGGGGCGCUGGCGGCCUGUGAACGCGGCCUGGAGUGGCUGGGCCCGGAGCCCGGGGAGCCCGGCAGCACAGCCCGGGCCGCUGACAUCAGGUGCUCCCUGUGCGCGAUGGGGCUGCAGGCGCUGGCAGAGCAGCGGCAGUGGCGCCAGGCCUGGGACUGGCUGCUGCAGCAGUAUGGCAGCCCCGACCGAGUCCCCGCCAGGCUGCUCCAGAUGUGCAUCAUCCUGUACAGCAAGGCUGGAGAGCCAGGCCGAAUCCAGCAGGCCGUCUGCAGCUGGCUGAAGGGCAGAGCCAGCACGGGUGCCCCCGGCAGUGUGGGGCUGGUGUUAGAGCUGUACAUACUGCAUGUGCUGCUGCCACUUGGUCUUUACGCAGAGGCGGAGAAGGAGAUCCAGGACACUACCGUGCUGACAGAGCAACAGAAGGAAUCGGCACGACAGGUCGUUCUGCAAAGGAGGUCCAAGGUGCCGGAGCAACAAUCGGUGGACGGGAGGAGCCAGGUUCCGGCAGAAUGCAGCAAGCGCAGGCACUCAGCACACUACACCACACGUCACAUGUUCAAGUUCAUUCAGCAAGUGCUUGGGUUGUGUCGUAGAAGUCUGCGUUUGGUAUCUCUUCGCAAGCUGCUCCUGGCUGUGUUCGUGGCCUAUCUGCUGAUCAUCAGGCUGGACCCUGCCUCUCCAGCUACCUUGUCCUGUUUAACCAGCCUCCGGCACUUUCUCAGGUCCGCGUGGUACACUAUGUUUUCCCCUUACUACAAGGCCAGGGUUGGCAUGUGACUCUAGCACGGCGUGUUGGUUGUCCGUCCUCUGGUUGGUUGUGCAGCCGAGGAAGUCCAGAUGCUGGGGUCUUUUGCUCCAGUGAAGCUCAUCCUGAUCAGCGUUCUCAGACCUGCAGUUCGUGGCUUCCGUGCACAGCAGAGACACACCUCAACGUUCCCUGCUGUAAUCUCUUUCGGCUGUACUCUUUAUUGAAGGUGUUGAUUGUAUCUCUGUCCCUCGAUUGCUGCUGUUAGCUCAGCCUGCAGGUGUGGACUCCGCUGAUCAAUGUGUUGGGGAAGGAGGAGGUGAAUAUCUGGGGCCAAAGUAUUUGUAUGUGGGGAGUGACUACCCUGCGGGGGAGUGGUAUUUGUGAGGGAGACAUCCCAUUAAAAGAUCCACCCCAGUCGAUGCAGUCCAGUGCUCCAGUGAAAUUGAGGCUGUAGUGGUGAAUACAGUCGUCUUUUCUGUAGCAAAAGCAACCCAAUCACCUUCCCACACCACAGCAUCACAAGGUUGGGUGCCCCAGUAAAUAUCACAGUACGGGGUAUUAGCAGUCAUUACCUAACUUUUUACAGCAGUGAAUAGAACUCAGCUUUCGUUUACAAGCAGAACACUAAGUGACGUCCUUGGUGCCUGAGUCUCUGGUCAGACCUGACAACUUCGAGUGAGUUACCAGUUAGAAUUGUGUGUAAAUUCGUUAACAUCGGGGUAGUUGACAAUAAAGAUACACUGGGGAAAGUA